CUGUUCUGCUUCGCUCGCGGGCGCUCAUCUCCACUCCUCCGAUGGCGCCGCCACCCACCAGCCCCUCAUUCCUCCGCCCGCCGCCGCUGCCACACCACCCGCACCCUCGCCUCCUUUUGCGACCUCCCUCCGCCUCUUUCCGCGUCGCCGAAAUACUCGGCGGUCGGGGCCUCUGCAAUGGUGAGGUCGGCGUCCGCAAAGAACUCGCAUCCGGCUCCACCACCUCCUCGCCCGCGCCCUCUCCUCCUCCUUCGACAGAUUCUCCUCCGCCCGCGGUUGAUCCGGACGCGUUCGAGAAGGAGAUGAUGGGCCUCACAGGCGGCUUCCCUGGCGGUGAGGUCGGCCUCAAGGACUUCGUAGCCAAGAACCCGCCUCCUCCCAAGAAAUCAGAAUCCCAGCCCCAAGCCACGCUCUCCGCGCCGCCGCGGCCGCCGGAGCUGCCGCUGUUCUUGCCCGGCAUGGUGGUGCUGGUCAAGAACCCCAACAACGCCUACCACAUGUACUGCGGUAUCGUGCAGCGCGUCAGCGACGGCAAGGUCGCGGUGCUCUUCGAGGGAGGAGUGUGGGACAGGCUCAUCACCUUCAACCUCGACGAGCUCGAGGGCAGGGAGAAGGGACCCCCUAUGGCCAACCCCAAGUCCGUGGUGCUAGAGGAUCUUGUCGCGGAGCUCGAGGAUGACGAUGAUGAUAAGGAGGACGAAGCGGCCAAGAAGAAGGAACCGGAGGGCGCGGCGGCGGCGGCGACAUGACCAGGCUUCUUGUUCCUGUUAUACACAUCCUCUGUAUGUAUGCAUGUAUACAGCUCAAAUAAAAUAUUUGGAGCUAAUUAAAAAGGAACGAUAAUAUAACUCUUAUUAUGAAGUAUAUAGUUUGAAUGUUAGUGUGAAUUGGGGCAUGGAAGAAUUGCCAUACGUUUGAUCA